AUGUCUAGCAGUCUGGACCUCCGGACCAUAAUCACGCUCACCAUUGGUACUGGGAUCCUGGCAGCCAUGCUUGUGUUGACGGGCGUGGUCCUCUGUCUUUACUCCAAAGUAUCCAAGGCAAUAAAAGCCUCAAAGGAAGCAGAUGUUGUGGCUUCAGACUGUAUUCAUCUAUGCAAGGCCACCCAGAGCAAAGCCAUCCCAGCCAAAGCCAUCCCUGCUGAGUCUUGUCGCGUCCUCCAGCCCUGUGACGAAUGUAGCAUAUAUGCUAAUAUUGAUGCCAUGCCACCUUGCUUUUGUGGCAUAAGGGAAGGACUCUGA